GCGACUGUUCUUCUAUUGCACGGGAGCUUUGCCAUUCGUGACAUCCGAUAAAUUAAGAAAAUAAUUUGUGAAGCAAGAAAUGUAUACCCCAAUUGCAUAGACUAAGAAUUCUAGCGCUUUCGUAAAGGCGAAAAUAACCGACGGUAUGAUCCGAUAUUGUUAAAAUGGCCGCUGAUUCACAAUCGGAACUGCCUUUACAUUUUUCUCCAGACGCGUCAAUGAUUGUUCGGGUAAACGAUAGAUCGACAGUAUAUAAUCACGGGGCUGUUGCCUUUCAUUCGAGCUUUAAAUUCUCGCAUACAUAUCAGGCUGUUGCGCGGCUUGCUGUGAGCUAAAAGUGGCUACCCGAUCCGUGUGCGAAAAUACGCGGAAUUCGGAUUGUGUCUGUGUGUAUUUUUGAACACGGGAAGCAGACGACGAUUCAUUUCCCUGUGCGCUAAUUUGAUGUCUCGUCUUCGAGAUAAGUAUUGCGUACUUCGGACUGCAAGUUGCGACGUUUUCCAAAGAGCUUUCCUGUCGCCAGCCCGGGCAGGAAUGGCGUGACUGCCCCCACGCACGAUGGACGUCUUCAUCUGCGGCGUCUGCCACACGGGCUUCCACGACAUUGGCAAGUUCGUGGAACACAAGAACUCGCUGGGAUCGCAUGGGUGCGGCCAGUGCAGCGCCGUGUUCCACACGGCCGAGGAACUGGACGACCACACGCUGGACAACCACCCGGGGAACGUGGACCAGAGUGCAUCGGCCGAGGAGGGCCAGGCUGCGGACGACCGAGGCGUGGCGGAGCUCGAGUUGAGGAUGGAAGGCAUGGAAAGCCUGUCCCUGGUGCCCGCCUGCACGCCGGACUCGCGGGAGCUGAUCUCGUUGUCCGACGGUCGUUCGAUCGUGACGCUCACCGCAGCUGAUCCGGACCCUGGCUGCAGCCUGGAGUCGGACCCCAAGAACCAGCCGAUCAUCAUCACGGACAGCUUCUCGUUCGAAACCACCGAGAACAGCGUGGUCAACGACAUUUACGCCUGCAGCCUGUGCCAAUGCUUCGCGCUGAGUGAGGACGAGAUGCUGAACCACGUGGGCGACUGCCACGACCGCACGGUGGCCAAGGGCUCCGAGGAGGCCUUCUCGGCCUACUACCGCCUCCAGCAGCUGGCGCCCGCAGCGUUGGCGGCAGAGGAUCGCAAGGCCCUCAAGACACUUCCUGCUGAGGGCACCGGCGAGGACCAAACGACCGGCGGCGCGCAGCCGACCACGCUGCACCUGGUGGUGGAGAGCAGCGGCCCUUUGGCACCCCCCCGACGCAAGAGGGGGCGCCCCCGCAAGACUGAACAGCUCGCCAGGCCCCAGCCCAGCCCGGCGACCAAGAAGGUGGACAACUCGCCCCUGGUGCCGGCUCGCAGCGAGGACGGCCUCUACCACUGCCCGCGUUGCAAGCGCAGGUUUUGCAAGGAGAGGCACAUCCUGGGCCAUCGAUGCAUGGCCAGAGGGGACUAUGUGGACAACUUGGACAAGAAGGAGGUCCCAGAAGAAGGGACGCCCGUGGCGGGAGAGGGCGCUGCAGACCCAGGCGAGGGGGAGGUGGACACGGACACGACGGAGGACUUCAAGGUGCACCGUACGGGCGAGCGGGAGCCCUGGUCUCGAGGCAGGCAUCGCAGAGGAAGGGGCGCCGGGAGGGGGGCCCGGAGGGCGGCCCAAGGGCAGCCUCCCCCAAUGGGGGAGGCCAACAAGGAGAAUGUGGCUCGAGAGUCGCUUGAGGAGGAACCAGCGAGGGCAGAGCCCCCCGGGGGAGGCACCGAACGGAAGCUCCACUGGCGGGAGGACCCGCGCCACGUGCCGGUGUUUUCAAGGGACGAGGACCGGCUGGCCUUCGAGGAGCACCUGAACAAGGUGGACCUGAGCUGUGUGGACCACCUGUACACCCAGCACCAGGUGGCCCAGGAGAUCACCUGCCUGCCCGGAGCACGCUUGGCCCCCAAGGAGGUGUGCGACCUGCACGUGUUCUCCUGCAACGUCUGCAAGAAGGUGUUCAAGACCCAGUCACACAUGCGCCUCCACUGCCUGAUCCACACGGACCUGAAGCCCUUCACCUGCCAUCAGUGCGACUUCAGCACCAACGCCAAGGGGAACCUGUACACCCACAUGCGCAAGCACACGGGAAACUACUUCAAGUGCUCCCGCUGCGCUUUCCGCAGCUGCAACCGCAGUCACAUGGCCGAGCAUGAGGCGACGCACAGCAGCGUGAGGCAGCGCUGCCAGCUGUGCAGCAACGACUACAACACGACCAAGUCGCUGGUGAACCACGUGCGCAAGUACCACACCGGCCCAGCAGGACGCCGGUACCUGGCCACCUUCCAGAACAAGCAGCUCCAGAACAUGGCCGUGCUGCACAUCUGCCACAUUUGCAACCGCAAGUUCAAGAAGAAGGUGGACCGGGACCGCCACCUGUUUGUGCACAACGUGCCAGAGCCACCGACCGCGCACCAGUGUGGUCUAUGCGGCUACCAGGCCUCGCGCAGAGUCUACCUGGAGAACCACUACCGCAAGCACCGCCUAGUCUACGUCUGCGUGGUCUGCUGCUGCCUGCACCUGAGUGCCACUGCUCUGCGCACGCACCUCCAGAAGGAGCACGUGGAGAGAGGGGCCGCCCAAGCCGCCCCGGAGGAGGCUGCGUAUGGAGCCCAGUCUGACGACGGCAUGGAGUGCUUCGUGGCCAAGAACCCGCGGGCCGGGGGGGCGGCCGAGGACCCGGCGGUGGCCAAGGAUGCGGGGGCGCCCCUCGAGGAUGUCAUGUCCGCCGUGGCCCAAAUCCUGCACGCUGACCCGAACGAGGACAACGGAAGCCCACCCACAGAAACAGGGGAGCCGAUUGCGGAGUCGGCAGCGGAGCCGACUGCGGAGCCGGCAGCAGAGCCGACUGCGGAGCCGGCAGCGGAGCCGACUGCGGAGCCGGCAGCGGAGCCGACUGCGGAGCCGGCAGCGGAGCCGACUGCGGUGCCGGCAGCGGAGCCGGCAGGAGAGCCAGCAGCGGAGGUGGCAACUGCGGUUCCCUGGGACGCGACCUUGGAGAGCCUGUUUGCGGAGUCCAUCCGCAACAGCUGGUACCUGCCGGAGCCGGAUGGCUCGCUGUCGGGCGGAAACUAUGUGAACAUUCCCCAAGAGCUGACGGAGCGGGUCCCCGAGGCGUCCUCCCCCGCGAGCGGGGACAAGAUGCCCGGCGGCCUGGCCCAGGCGCUGGAGCAGGCGGGGCUGGCCACCCGCAACGCCGCGGGGGGACUCUGGUCCCUGUCGCUGCUGCAGUACAAGCAGCUCACCGAGGACGUGUACGCCAAGAUCCGGGAGACGUUUGGGUCGGAGGAGUGCCCGGACUGCGGCCGCCUCUUCCACAGCCGGCUGGACCUGGAGCCCCACCGGCUGACCCACACGGAUGACAAGCCCUUCAAGUGCCCCAGCUGCGCUUACUCCUCCGGUUCCAAGGACAACCUGAAGCGGCACCAGGAGACUGCGCACGAGGGGCGGACCUUCCCCUGCGACCAGUGCGACUUCGUGGCCCAGUCCCGCAGCUCGCUGUUCCAGCACAGGCAGAAGCACGCCGCCGUGGGGGUGCAGGGUCGCUGCCCCGCCUGCCAGGGGCAGUUUCCCUCGUGGCGCAUGCUGCGCCAACACCUGCUCUCGGAGCACGGCGACCUGGAUCGCCAGGAGCUCUUCAAGGCGAUGGGAGGUCAGCCGCGGGUGAUGGGCCGCAUGGGGCGGCGCACGUACAAGUGCCCCUACUGUGGCCGGGUGUUCCACCGCUCCAGCACGGACCUCCAGAAGCACAUGUGGAUCCACGAGGGAGUCAAGCCCUUCCAGUGCCCGGACUGCCCGUACCAAUGUCGCAGCCGGAACAACCUCAACGUCCACCGGCUCACCCACUCCAACGACAAGCCCCACCUUUGUGACCAGUGCGGCAAGGGUUACAAGUCCAAAGCCGCCCUCAGACUCCACACACGGACCCACGGACGUGGCGUGCUGUACCCCUGCAACAAGUGCGAGUACACGGCCACCCAGAAGUGCCACCUGAAGCGCCACCUGGAGACGCACGACAUCAUCCGGCGCUAUGUGUGCGGGCACUGCUCCUACUCGUCCAACACUGUCAACUACAUGAAGGUGCACUACAGCCGGAAGCACCGGGGAGAGGUGUUCAACCAGAACACCGUCAUGGCAGACCCCAGCUUCAUUGAGCGGCAGAGAGAUCGGGUCUACAAGUGCCUCAGCUGUUCCUACAUCUUCGGCAACAUGAACGACAUGAAGAGGCACCUGAGGCUGAAGCACGGCGUGUGCCUGGAGAACCUGAGCGUGGAGGAAGUGUCCGGGGACGUGCUGGCCAUGGAGACGGCUACCGUGGGCGCCGAGGAGGAGACGGCGCUCGGCGCAGAGGCCGACCGAGUGGAGUUGGUGCAGGAGGCCACCAUCCUGUCGCCCGGCUCGCUGCAGGGCCUAGGCGAGGAGGAGGACGGGGCGGCGGUGAGCCUGAUCCAGCAGAUGAUGGAGCAGGGGGCAUUGGACGCGGGCCAGCCAGUGAGCCUAGUGGCCGUGGAGGACACCAUCCUGGUGCGGGACGCCCAGGGGCUGGUCCUGGGGGGCCCCGGCCAGGCCUCGUACGUCAUCCACUACGUCAGCGCGGGCGACGACGAGCUGGUGGAGCAGGAGGUCGAGGUGGCACCCUGAGGACCAUUGGAAGAUGGACCCACCCAUUGGAAGAUGGCGUCCUGAGGGACCCACCCAUUGGAAGAUGGCGUCCUGAGGGACCCACCCAUUGGAAGAUGGCGUCCUGAGGGACCCACCCAUUGGAAGAUGGUGCCCUGAGGGACCCACCCAUUGGAAGAUGGUGCCCUGAGAGACCCACCUAUUGGAAGAUGGCACCCUGAGAGACCCACCCAUUGGAAGAUCUGUCUGCUACUACUUUGUCACAGUGGAAUAGACUGCACGCAGUAUGUGGUAGCACACGCAAUGACCGUUUCAUUACGUAGACUCUACGCUGGCCCGUGUUUUUUGGGCGUGUGUCUUUGGUUUGCGCUGCCUGCUCUCGAGAGCGCGUCGACGAAUAGCUCGAGACAGCCCCUAAUUUAAGACUGCUUGUGCCGUAACGAAUGAUGCAAAUGUGUGGUCGUUAGUUGAUGGACACAUUAGGAGCCAUUAUGCGGCAUUGAGUUAGUUGCCCUGGUGUUGGGCUCCUCUCUAGUAAGACUGCUCCCGCAAGCGUCCUGCCAGACGAUGCUGUACUGCACCUACCCCGAAAUAAAAUGUUUGCCAUUUC